UUAAAUACAAAUCAACAACAAGCAAGCAUUCUGAGUACAGUCAGUACAAUGACGUCUUUCGUAAAGAUCUUCACGUCUGCACUUCCAAGGCCGUUUAUACCCCCAAAAUAAAAUACCAAAAUGCAAUAAAUCAGAUGUAUAAUCUGAGCAAGAAUCGCUUAUUAAUUGAUCUCACCAAAUCCUCGGAUAAGCUCAGUAAAAACGCCAGGAUCGCUCUCCAUCAAACACCAUUCUGCUCCGGCUGUCAACGCACCGGCCGCCAUYUUGAAAACUGCCCAUAAAGCUAAUCGCGCUUCAUUGAGCCAGCAUUGAUUGUGCUCAGCUGUAAAAAAAUAUGGCGGAUUUGUUGUGUUGAAUGGAUGUUGAAUAUUUUUCUUCGAAAACUAAAUUAUAUAAGAAAAAAAUAUGGGUACCCAAAUGAAAGACAUCAAGAUCUCUGACGAGGCACCAAAAACAUUGCUAUUGGACAAACACUCUGAUUUUAUAGCAAGCUAUGGAAAAAAGAAAGACACAGAUUAUGACUAUUGUAUGACAGAGUAUCUUCGAAUGAGUGGUAUAUACUGGGGUUUAACUGCUAUGGGUCUAAUGAACAGACUUGACGUCAUGGACAAGGAUGAAGUAAUCAAGUUUGUCAAGUCCUGUCAACAUGAAAGUGGAGGUUUYAGUGCGAGUAUCAACCAUGAUCCACACUUAUUGUACACACUUAGUGCAGUACAGAUCCUCCUUCUAUACGAUGCAUUAGAAGAAGUCGAUGUCAAGAAAAUUGUAGAAUAUGUAGUCAAAUUACAGCAGCCAGAUGGGUCUUUCUGUGGUGAUAAGUGGGGUGAAAUUGAUACUCGAUUUUCCUUUUGUGCCUUGGCUUGUUUACAAAUUUUGAAUAAUCUGGAUGCAAUUGAUUUAGAGAAAGCAGUACUUUAUGUUAUUUCCUGUAUGAAUUUUGAUGGAGGCUUUGGUUGCCGACCAGGAUCUGAAUCUCAUGCUGGGCAGAUCUACUGCUGCCUUGGUGCCUUGUCUAUAGCCCAUGCUCUACAUCACGUCAAUGUAGACAUGCUAGGCUGGUGGCUUUGUGAAAGACAGCUUCCAUCUGGUGGCUUGAAUGGGCGACCAGAGAAGCUGCCUGAUGUGUGUUAUUCUUGGUGGGUCUUAGCUUCAUUGAAAAUACUUGGAAAAGUUCACUGGAUUGACAAGACAAUUAUUCACAAGUAUCUUUAA